CUAAAAAAAUAAAAAUAAAAAUAAAAAUAUUAGAUGAGUUUUAACGAAAUCCAAUAGCGCUGAGCCCUAAUUUCAUCUUCUUCCCCCCUUUGCUAUUUUCUCAAAUCUCGAUUCGUCACCGGCUCAUCCUCGUCGACGGUUCUCGGCAACCCUUCACCACCGUCUUCUCCAAUCCAUAGACUUUUUAUUCUGUCUGCUCCGCCGCCUCUCAGUCGAUUCAGUCCGUGGCGGUACAAAACAACCUCCCAGCCGACGUCGUUCGCCACUCCGGCAGCGUAUCAAUCUCUUAGUCAACAGCGCCGCCUUGCGGUCCGGUGAAAGUUCAAUAAUUUUGUGCUUUUAUGUGCUAGGGUUUUUCUGAUAGUUAAUUAUCUUCACGAAAGAAUGGCUCGGAAGCAUCAUUCUGAUUCCAGCAGCAGCGAAGAUGAGAAACGAGUUGCCAGGCGUCAACAUGUUAAGUCUUCCGAAGGCGACAGGAGAAAGAGGAGGGGUAACGGCCGAAAUUCGGAGAGUGAAGCAUCCGAAGAAGAAGUCAGGCGCGAAAGGGAGAUAAGGAGAGGGAGAGAUGAUGAUGAAAGAGUAGAAAAGAGAAGGGGGGAUGCGAAUCCUGCUCGAGAUUCUGAAAGAGAAGAUAGGAGAACAAGAAGUGGGCAAGAUGAUGAGAUUGAGGAGAACGGACACAAGAGUAGGAAAAAUGAUAGGGGUAGUGAGAGAAAAUCACGACAUGAUGCAGAUAACGAUGGUGAUAGAAAAGUUGAGGGGCGGAGGCACAAAGACUAUCGUGAUUCAGAGAGUGAUAGGGGAGAUAGAAGCCGUAGAAGUGAACGUAGAAGCGAACGAGGGCGUGAGGAUGAUUAUGAGGAAGGGGAGUACAAAGACCGGGAUAAUCGUUACAGCAAGCAUGUCGAUAGAGAAGAUGAUAGGAAAGAGCGGCGGAUGGAUAGAGAACGAGAUCGGGAAAGAGACAGGAGACACGGUGAGAAUGGUGAUAGAGAUAAGAGGAGAAUCAAGAAGGAUAAGAAUGAGAGUGAAGUAGAGGCUAAGGGUUUGAAAACAAAUGGUGAUGGCAAGGAAAACGAUGCAGUGAAGGUACAACCGAAUGUGGGGAUGGAUGUGGUUGCGAAUAUGGGGAGGAGUGGUGGAGUGUAUAUUCCUCCGUUUAAGUUGGCGAGAAUGAUGAAGGAAGUCGAGGAUAAAAGCAGCGUCGAGUAUCAGAGAAUGACGUGGGAUGCACUGAGGAAGAGCAUUAAUGGAUUGGUUAACAAGGUGAAUUCCACUAACAUCAAGAAUAUACUUCCGGAGUUGUUUGCAGAAAAUCUGAUAAGAGGGAGAGGUCUGUUUUGUCGGUCUUGCAUGAAGUCUCAAAUGGCGUCUCCAGGUUUCACGGAGGUGUUUGCAGCAUUGGUUGCUGUGGUGAACACCAAGUUUCCUGAAGUUGGCGAUCUUUUGUUGCGAAGGAUAAUACUACAGCUUCAGAGGGCAUAUAAGCGCAAUGAUAAGCCACAAUUACUUGCCGCAGUCAAAUUUAUCGCACACUUGGUGAACCAGCAGGUGGUUCAUGAGCUUAUUGCUCUUGAGCUGCUGACUCUGCUCCUGGAUAAGGCAACUGACGAUAGUGUUGAAGUGGCUGUUGGCUUCGUUACUGAAUGUGGAUCCUUGCUCCAGGAUAUUUCUCCUCGUGGAAUGCAUGGUAUCUUUGAGCGAUUUCGUGGAAUUCUUCAUGAAGGAGAAAUAGAUAAACGUGUUCAGUUCUUAAUCGAAGGCCUCUUUGCAUUGCGAAAAGCAAAGUUUCAGGGGCAUCCUGCUAUCCGUGAUGAGUUGGACCUAGUGGAUGAAGAAGAUCAAUUGACUCAUGAGGUAUCUCUCGCUGAUAACAUAGAUCCCGAGAUUGCCUUAGAUAUCUUCAAGCCGGAUCCGCAGUUCACGGAGAACGAGAAGCGGUAUGAAGAACUGAAAAAGCAGAUGCUAGGUGAAGAAUCUGGGGAUGAAGAUGCGGACCCAGACGAUGAAGAUGCAGGUUCAGAUUCAGAUGAUGAGGAUGAGCAAGACUCGGAGGAAGAAGAUGAAGAGCAGAUGAAAAUAAGGGACGAGACGGAGACAAAUUUGAUCAAUCUUCGAAGAACUAUUUAUUUGACAAUUAUGUCUAGUGUUGAUUUUGAAGAAGCUGGACAUAAGCUAUUGAAAAUCAAAUUGGAGCCUGGUCAGGAGAUGGAAUUGUGCAUUAUGUUGUUGGAGUGUUGCAGUCAAGAGAGAACCUACCUCCGCUACUACGGACUUCUUGGGCAGCGGUUUUGUAUGAUAAACAAAAUUCAUCAGGAGAAUUUUGAGACGUGUUUUGUCCAGCAGUACUCUAUGAUCCAUCGGCUUGAGACCAAUAAACUACGAAAUGUGGCUAAGUUCUUUGCUCAUUUACUCGGCACAGAUGCCUUGCCUUGGAAUGUUUUGUCGUAUAUACGGUUGACUGAAGAGGAUACAACUUCUUCUUCCCGUAUUUUCAUCAAGAUUCUUUUCCAGGAAUUAUCCGAGCACCUUGGAAUUCGCUUACUCAAUGAACGUCUAAGUAACCCGUCCAUGCAAGACUCGUUCGACUCAAUAUUUCCAAAGGAUAAUCCAAAGAACACUAGGUUUGCUAUCAACUUCUUCACUUCCAUUGGUCUUGGUGGAAUCACAGAGAAUCUACGAGAGUAUCUCAAAAACAUGCCAAGGCUCAUCAUGCAACAGCAAAAGGCUAUCUCCGAGUCAGAAUCUGGAUCUGAUUCUUCUAGUUCUGAAUCUGAAUCAUCGAGUUCUGAGUCAAGUGAGAGUGAAAGUGAAAGUGACGAUAAGCACAGGAAGAAGAGAAGAAGACACUAAGGAUGAUGAUUUCGACAUCAAAUGUUAGUUACACCUUUCACACCACGUGUUUUUUCAGAGACUGUGUUACGGUUUUGUUUGUGAUAUAACAUGCCUAGGAUUCUUUAUAAAUCGUUGCGCGAUCCUUGGUUCCUGCUUUGCGGUAUUUAUUCUUGUAUUUGUACUUUGUUUAUCGGUAAAUUUCGAAAAUGGUACCUGCAUCUUGAAUGUUGCACUUUUCUUGAAUCUGCUUUUAGUUUCCUUCUUUGACAAAUCUUCCCAUAUGUAUGAUGUUUGUUCUUGAUGCUAUGUUAGUUGAGUUUACAUUGUGUAAUAUUUUACUGUUCAUCUGAACACGAAUAAUCCACUUCUUUACGAGUGUAUGAAACACGAAUUUUCAUUCGGU